CUGGUCAGGCCGCUUUUGGGCCCAGACGAUUGUUCCUUCGACACCGUCGGUAGUGGCAACUCCAUGAUGGGGGACUUCCCUACCGAGUUUUGGUGCGCAGACGAGGGUGCCCCGCCGAUCAGCCUAGUGGAGUUCAUUAUCGGCGGCCGCCUCGACGGUAUGGCGGAGGACUUUUACGUCGUGAGCUUGGUCGGCGGGUACAACAUGGGCCUGAUUCAGCCGUCGUUUGGCGGCUCCGGCGACUUUCAGUACGUUCACGCAGGGUGUCAGAGAGAAUUGGGAGAAUGGAAAAUUAGGGUAAAGUGA